AGAGAACAUCAGGGACAACAGCGAUGGCUACCUGAGGAACUGCACUUUCAACGAAACCACAGAUCUUUACUGUCCCAUCUUCAAGUUGGGCUUUAUCGUGGAGCAGGCAGGCGAGGAUUUUUCCAAACUGGCUCAAAAGGGUGGUGUGAUCGGUGUGAUCAUUAACUGGAAUUGCAACCUUGACCUGCCGGACUCCGAGUGCAACCCCAGAUAUUCCUUCCGCAGGCUGGACCCCAAAUGGACUCAGGCUUCCUCCGGCUACAAUUACCGAUUUGCAAAGUAUUAUCAGCAUGGUGGACGAAGCACACGGACCUUAUUCAAAGCCUAUGGGAUCCGCAUUGAUGUCUUAGUGCACGGGCAGGCCGGGAAAUUCAGCCUUAUCCCAACCAUCAUUAACCUGGCCACAGCCCUCACAUCCAUUGGAGUGGUAUCCUUCCUCUGUGACUGGAUAUUGCUGACGUUCAUGAAUAAGAACAAGGUGUAUAGCACCCGAAAGUUUGACCAG